GGGCCGCUGUAGUGCCGGCUGCCGGUUCCUGCAGCGGGUGGGGCCGUUGGCUGCCCCACGGCCCGCGGAGGAGCGAGGCGAGCCCGUUCGGGCCGUGCCGGGUGUGGGGGUCAGACCCUCCCCCGGCAGGAGGGGACAGCGGGGACAUGGCGCUGGUGACACGCAGCGCUGCCAGAGCCGGCUCUGUGCUGGCACAACGAUGAGGCUGUGGUGUGACAUUUGUUAUUCUCUGUAGUACCGGCCCUCCCCCGGAGCCUGUUUGUGGAAGGUGAUCGGCUCCGGAAAGCUUUCAGCCUGAGUGUGCGGCGUGGAAGGUGCAGGUACGGGCUCGUGUGGAGUGGAAGUGUAAGGUCAAGAGAUACUUUAAUGGGCUUCUGGAGGGUUGAAUAAAAAAAGAAAAAUGGAGGCAGAGACCAUUUUAAGUCUUAAACAGCAACUCAAGGAAGCAGAGAACGAGCGAAGGAAGGCAGCACAGUAUGGUUUGCAUUUACUGGAGUCCCAAAGUGAGAUUCAGAAUCAGCUGGAUCAAACACGCUCUGAAUUGACUGAGAAAACUGAGAAAUUUGAACAAGAGAAAUACACACUCCAGAGAGAAAUUGAACUCAAGAAUCGAAUGUUGGAAAGUUUGAAUUUUGAGUGUGAGUCCCUUAAGCAACAGCAAAAUGUGCAACUGGAUAAACAGAAAGAACAACUUGACAGAGCCUAUGGACAAGAAAUCAGUGGCCUUAAAAACAAGUUGGAGAACCUGAAAGCAGAACUGGAUGAAACCCGACUCUCAGAGAAACAACUGAGACAGAAAGUGGAGCAUCAGAAGGAAAUCAUUGCUGCCAAAUCAGAAGAACUGCACAUGAUGUCUGAGCGUGUCCAUGAGACCAUGUCCUCAGAAAUGCUCAGCCUGCAGAUAGAGCUCACUGAGCUCCAGAGUCAGAAGGCCAGUGAUGAAGAAAAGCUGAAUGAGCUGCAGUGCAGCAAGGAGCAGUUGGAGCUCAUGAACAGCAACCUACGGAACCAGCUGGAGCGGCUGCAGGGGGAGAAAGAGGAGAGGGAAAAAGAAGUUGUCUUUUACUGCAAUGCAUUAGAGAAAGCUCAUGAGGCUAAUCAGGAGCUUCAGGUUCAGCUGGAUCAAGCAGUGCAGCAAUCUUUGGAUCCUACAAGUAAAGGCAAUUCUCUCUUUGCUGAGGUGGAGGACCGUAGGGCAGAAAUGGAACGGCAGCUGAUCAGUGUGAAAGUAAAAUAUCAGUCCCUACAAAAACAGCAUGCAUUCAGUAGAGAACAAUUGCAAAGAAUGAAGCUGCAGAUGGCUACACUGCUGCAGCUGAAAGGCUCCCAGGCAGAAUUUGAUCAGCUGGAGCGUUUACAAUCCAUGGUAGAGCAAAAGAAUGGUGAAAUAGAAGAUCUUCUUAUGAAAGUGAGGCAGCUAGAAAAAUUUAAGAGUUUAUAUGAGAAUAUGGAGGAGUCCAGACCCGCUAAUGGAGCGAAAGGAAGUGACUCUGAGAAUGGUUACUAUGCAGAUUUACUGCAAAUUAAACUUGACAACUCAAACAAGGAAACUGAAACACUGAAAAAUGAGCUAUCCCUGCAGAGAAUGAAAGCUCUGUAUGAGAGCCAGAGGGUCCUGGAAUUUGAAAGGAAGCUCUUCACAAAUGAGAGGCAUUUGCAGGCUUGUCAGAGUGAGAAUAUGAACCUGAGGGUUAUGCUGGAUGAGCUGAAAAUGAAAUAUGAACCUGAAGAAUUACUUAAAGGUUCUAAAAUUAAAAAGAAGAGGGAGAGAAUUCCAGUGAAUGCGGCUUGUGAAUACUUUGACAGCCAAAAUACUCCAGUGAAAGAAACUGCUCUCACUCAAUUGCCAAGUAAGGAAGGGAAAAAGAUGAGUACCAAGACCCUGGAGCAAAGUGACGCUUCUCCAAAAAAACAGCCUGUCCAAGCAUCCCCACUGCACACAGCUCUGCAGGCAAUAAGAAACAUUGUUGAACCUGAAAGAAAAAGAGUUAAAAUUCAGGAUGAGAAUCAUGUCACCUUUACUUCGAGUAGCAGAAGUGGAAACAAUUCCUCAGCUCCAGCUGUCCCCAGGUCAGUGUCAGCUUCUGUCUCUGCUCCAGGCCCUCAGCACAGAGCUGCAUCUCUUUUCUUUCGCUGCAUGAACUGUGCUCUGCACUGCUUUAUCUAUUUCCUCAGUGUUGCAUGCAGUGUCAUCCCUCAGCUCCGGCUGCCCACGCUCAGCCUCUCGCUCCCUUUUAGAAGGACUAAAGCACUGACUAAUAGAAAAGACUCUUGAAACAGUCUCUGAA